GGGCGCCGCGCACGCGCACGGGUUGGCGGCGUGCGCCGAGCGGGGGGCGCCGCGCGGUGCAGCCACGAUGGAAGGGGGUGCGUACGGAGCGGGCAAAGCCGGGGGCGCCUUCGACCCUUACACCCUGGUGCGGCAGCCACACACCAUCCUGCGUGUCGUGUCUUGGGUUUUCUCCAUUGUGGUCUUUGGCUCCAUCGUGAAUGAGGGCUACCUCAACAGCUCAGAGGAGGAGGAGGAGUUCUGCAUCUACAACCGGAACCCCAAUGCCUGCAGCUACGGCGUGACCGUGGGCGUGCUGGCGUUCCUCACCUGCCUGCUCUACCUGGCUCUGGACGUGUACUUCCCACAGAUCAGCAGUGUCAAGGAUCGCAAGAAGGCUGUGCUGUCCGACAUCGGUGUCUCGGCCUUCUGGGCCUUCUUCUGGUUCGUGGGUUUCUGCUUCCUGGCCAACCAGUGGCAAGUCUCCAAGGUCCAGGACAACCCUCUGAACGAAGGGACAGAUGCCGCCCGGGCCGCCAUCGCCUUCUCUUUCUUCUCCAUUUUCACUUGGGCGGGCCAGGCUGUGCUGGCCUUCCAGCGGUACCAGAUUGGCGCCGACUCGGCCCUCUUCUCCCAGGACUACAUGGAUCCCAGCCAGGACUCCAGCAUGCCUUAUGCACCCUACGUGGAGCCCAGCGCUGGGCCGGACCCUGCUGGCAUGGGUGGCACCUACCAGCAUCCAGCCAACGCCUUCGAUGCUGAGCCCCAGGGUUACCAGUCACAGGGCUACUGAGCCCCCAUGAUGGUGGUGACAGUGACCGCCUACCCUGCCCCUGCCCUUUCAUCCUAGCUCCCCUUUCAAACAUCCUGCUCCCUCCCAGGUGACCCUGCCUAGCACCUGUUAAGCCUCCAGGUGAUUCCACUGAGGCCCAGUGCAGCUGGGGUGGGUCGGUGGGGGGGAGCCAGGUGGGGUGUGUCUACAUGUGUGUGCAAGUGUGUGCCCAGCAGGGGUCUAGAGGGUGGGGCCCAGGGGUUACAGUCAUUCAUUGUGUCCUUGAGCAUUUGCUGAGCACCUACUGUAUGCCAGGCCUUACUCAGCUGGGGAGUGAGGGAUGGGGGACAGUGGGCUGAGGAAGCCCUGAUCUGGGUGCAGGAAAGGCAGGACAGACAGAUAUGGGCAAGUUUGGCUACAGGGGCUCAGUCACAAGGUGAGUGUGGUCAAUCACAGGAUGGGGACCAUCAUCCCCAGAGUCCUUGGUAUGGAACAGUCGGUCCUCCUGGAAUUGCCAGGGACAUCUGCAUUUUAUAGUCGAGGGAACCAAGGUCUGAGAGGUCAGAAUACUUUGUCCAAGGUCAUUCAAGGAGCUGAGAACAGGCCACCUCAAGGUAGGCUAGAUGCGGAGCUCCUGCCAGCCUUUCUUUCUAUUCCUGCACCUAGGCUUUGCCUCUCAGUGUUACUCUAAUUCGGGGGGUGGGGGGAUGCUUCAGGACCUGAGUCCAGCAAGACACACGAUCUGCUGCAAACCAAGGGCCUCUUCUGCCUCAGUUACUUUCCCCCAUUCAGGUUCUCUCCUCAGUCCUGGCCUUCUAGAGGGCUCCCCAAACCCGCCUCUGUCCCCUUGUGUUGCUCCAUGCUCAACAUGCCCCACAGGGAACUUCUUUGGGGUCUGCCAGCAACCUCCUUUGCAGUCUCCCAAAGGAGUGGUGGCCAUCUCUGCCUCUUGGGCUUGCUGUGCACAUGACUGGGUAGACAGGAGGCUGCGGGGAGUGGAGACCUGCCCGGAGGUCCCUGUGCUAGUGGUAGAGCUGGCCUUGACUCCACCCAUCCAGCAGGUGACUCCACCCUGGUCACCACCUGGGACACUGUCCUCUCUCUGCUUGUCUGGGUCAGCCAGGGUUCAGGACAGGAGCUUUCAAUGACAGGUUCAGUUUGAGUGCCAUAGCUCAGGUCCCACUGCCCCAGAUGACUUGUAAGUGAGACACGAGAGAAUAGACUCAGGGAGAUCUCGGGCCACAGGAAAGAAAAUAGCAGGUUAUCUCAGAGACUAGAGAUGGGAGAGUGGGUGGGGCCUAUAGAGACAGCAAGGCCACAUUCUCACAGGAGGUGCUUCCCUCUGUGUGACAGAGGGAGCCCAGAGGGAGGGUUGUCUAUGCCAUCGUCCUGUGUACCUGGCAUACACCAGCUGGUUCUUUGUGAAGCAGGGCAAUGGGCUGCGGGUCAAUUUCAGCAAGGGUGUCCUCAGCAUCUCACCCCGUGCCCUACAGGACUCUGACAGGCAUGUUUUCUCUUCUGGUACCCAUGUUGGUGAGGUGUCACCAAGGAUGUCUGUGGCGCCUGUCCGCUAAGAGCCUAUGAACUCCUACAUAGAGGUAUAGGGCCGUUACCGUAGGAGACCUGGCAUGAGUGCAGGCCUCAGGAAGACAGCAAGGGAGGGGCCACACGCUUCAGAGGCACAGAAGGAGCACCACUGCCCCCUCCUGAGCAGAAGGGGAAAUUGAGUCUCUGUGAGUAUAGAGAGUUAGCAUUGGAGAUUGGAUCCUAAUGGGGUCUCCAAGUUCCGUAGGGGGCUCCGGUGUUGGGAGAGGACCCCAGGCAGCUGAGUGACAGCUGGCUGUUGCUAACUUCCAUUUUCCACACCUGGGAAGGGGCUCCGUGUACAGCCCCAUGCCCCAACCAGGUGGGUCAAGCAGGGACAGCUUGGGUGACUUAACUGGUUUCAGACCAGAGGGGAGACAAUGGCCACAGAAUGUUUCUGUGCCACCAAGAGGCUAUGAGAAGUCCUGGCUUUUGCAACUCAUGCUGGUGAAUGCUAGAGAUCUGAGGAUGGCCCAUCGGUGUCUCCCUAGGCAGCAACAGGCCACUGGUGAUGUCAAGCAGAGGGCAGAGUGCUGGUUAAACUCUGCCCAGCCUGGGGUGUUUAUCAUCGACCUUAGACCUCAGGCUGUGGAAGUUUACAGGACCAGGAGCUGGGCUGCUAGGACCUCAGCAGGCAACCCCCUCCUUUUCCAGAUGCAUGCCACCAUCAUGGUAGCGAUGUCAGACAGCGGACAAGAAACCUAGGAGGAUUUGAGUCAGACCCAGGCUUCUGACUUAGUGAUUUGGGAGGGAUCACAGGCCCACACCUCCUUG